AUGACUGAAGAAAUACAGAAGAAAAUGCAAAAAGAAUUAGAGAUAUUUAAUGGUGUUCAAAAAGAAUAUCAUAAGGCCGUAGCACUGAAACAACAAUUAGAUAGUCAAUUAAAUGAAAACAAAGCCGUAAAAGAAGAACUCCUGUUGCUAAAGAAAGAUGCAGAGGUAUAUAAACUCAUUGGGCCUGUAUUAGUCAAGCAAGACUUCGAAGAAGCAAAGCAGAAUGUUGCUAAGCGAAUGGAAUAUAUAAAUAAAGAAAUCAAAAGGACAGACGGACAUAUAUCAGCAUUAGAAAACAAACAAGAAGCUAUACAGGAAAAUCUCAAUAAACUUAAGAGUGAUCUUGGAAGUUUAAAAGUAUCUGCUUGA